AUGAAAUUGUUUAAAACAACACAUACCUACAAUUAUGAAUGGAGUCUCGUAUCAGCAGCUCAAUGGCAAAAAUACCCGAAUGAAAAUUGUCCUCAUGUGUCGCAUGUGGAUGUUCUGAAGCGCACAGUGGAUCCAAAGACGGGUGUGUUGACGACAGAAAGAUUAAUUACCGUAAACCAAAAGAUACCCACCAUUAUCAAAAAAAUAUUAGGCUCCAGCUCAAUUCAAUAUGUGAGAGAAGUAUCCAUCAUUGAUCCCAACACAAAAACCCUUACUAUGCAUUCUAUCAACCUCACCAUGUCCAAUCUAUUAACGUGUCACGAGACCAUCGUCUACAAAGAAAAUCCAGAGGAUACCACUACCACCCAAUUCUCGCAACAAGCCACUAUCUCAGCCGGCAAGAGCUUAGUCUCUGGUUGGUCCAACGUACUGGAAGAAUUCUCUGUUAGACGUUUUCAGCAAAAUGCAGAUGUGGGGAAGAUUGGCUUUACAAAAGUGUUGGAAAGACUAGCCAACAACACCACUAGUCCUGCUGCCCAAACCACCACGGCUUAA